GGCAUGUGUCACCACACCUGGCCUGGCUCGCUGCUUCAUCUGCACUUGGGUGUCCAUCUGGACUGAAUGGCGAGCGAGCCCAAUCUUAAGAGCUUCAGAGACAGGAGGAAUUCCGUGCUUCAGUGUGCUGGCGCAGGCCACGAGGGAUGCUGCCAGAAUCUUAGUCCAGACUUCUUGUGAAGAGUUUCGGGGAAUUCCUGCAGAGAGAAAACUGGUGCCACAUGUUGCCAGCACUUACCUGGAGUGGCUAAACCCUGAGAUGUUCAGAGGGAUUUGUCUGACAGACCCAAACAGCCUGCAUCUUGGCCCAACACUUUGUCCUCUUGAAUAUAGGCUGAUAUGCCCAGAGUAGUCCUGGACGGUGUGACAGUGGAUUUCCCUUUCCAGCCCUACCAAUGUCAACAGGAGUACAUGACCAAGGUGCUAGAGUGUCUCCAGAAGGGAGUGAAUGGCAUCCUAGAGAGCCCCACAGGCACUGGGAAGACACUCUGCCUCCUCUGCACUACAUUGGCCUGGCGGGAACAUCUCCGUGAUGCUGUUUCUUCCCUAAAGAUUGCUGAGAGAGUUCAAGGUGAACUCUUUGCCAGUCGGUCUUUGUCAUCCUGGAAUGCUGCUGCUACCAGUGGAGACCCAAUAGCUUGCUACACAGACAUCCCAAAGAUCAUCUAUGCUUCUAGAACGCACUCACAACUAACUCAGGUCAUCAGUGAGCUUCGGAAUACUUCCUACCGGCCCAAGGUGUGUGUGCUGGGCUCCCGGGAGCAGCUGUGUAUUCACCCUGAAGUGAAGAAGCAGGAGAGUCACCACAUGCAGAUCCAUUUAUGCCGCAAGAAGGUAGCAAGUCGCUCCUGCCAUUUCUACAACAAUGUAGAAGAGAAAAGCCUGGAGCAGGAGUUGGCUACCCCCAUCCUGGACAUUGAAGACCUUGUCAAGAAUGGAAGCAAACACAAAGUGUGCCCAUACUACCUUUCUCGGAACAUGAAGCAGCAAGCGGACAUCAUCUUUAUGCCAUACAAUUACUUGUUGGAUGCUAAGGCUGGAUUUCUGGGAUUAAAGAGUCGUAAGGCACACAACAUUGACCUGAAGGGGACAGUCGUGAUCUUUGAUGAAGCCCACAAUGUGGAGAAGAUAUGUGAGGAGUCAGCCUCUUUUGACUUGACGCCCCGUGAUGUGGCUUCAGGACUGGAGGCUAUUAACCAGGUUUUAGAGGAGCAAGCCCGGGUGGCUCAGCAGGGUGAACUCCAAGUAGAGUUCAGUGCAGAUACCCCCGGCACAGGGCUCAACAUGGAGCUAGAAGACAUCGCAAAGCUGAAGAUGAUUCUACUUCGCCUGGAGGGGGCUAUUGAUGCUGUCCAGCUGCCUGGGGAUGACAGAGGAGUCACCAAACCUGGAAGCUACAUCUUUGAGCUAUUUGCAGAAGCCCAAAUAACAUUUCAAACCAAAGGCUGCAUUUUGGAAUCACUGGACCAGAUAAUCCAGCACCUGGCAGGACGUACUGGUGUAUUCACCAACACGGUUGGGUUGCAGAAGCUCAUGGACAUUAUCCAGAUUGUGUUCAGUGUGGACCCUCCUGAAGGCAGCUCUGGUUCCCUGGUAGGGCUGGGUAUCUCACAUUCCUAUAAGGUACACAUCCACCCUGAAACCAGCCACUGGAAGGCAGCUCAGCAUUCAGAUGCCUGGAGCACCACUACAACUAGGAAACAAGGGAAGGUGCUGAGCUACUGGUGCUUCAGUCCCAGCCACAGCAUGCGUGACCUGCUCUUCCAAGGAGUCCGAACCCUCAUCCUCACCAGUGGCACACUGGCUCCGCUGUCCUCCUUUGCUCUGGAGAUGCAGAUCCCAUUUCCAGUCUGUCUGGAGAACCCACACAUCAUUGGCAGGAAUCAGCUCUGGGUGGGGGUUGUCCCCAGAGGCCCUGAUGGUGUCCAGCUGAGCUCUGCCUAUGACAAAAGGUUUUCUAAGGAGUGCUUAUCUUCCUUGGGGAAGGCUCUGGGCAACAUCGCUCGUGUGGUGCCCCAGGGGCUUCUGGUGUUCUUCCCUUCCUACCCUGUCAUGGAGAAAAGCCUGGAGUUCUGGCGGGCCCAAGACUUGAUCAAGAAGGUGGAGGUACUGAAGCCUCUAUUUGUGGAACCCAGGAACAAAGGCAGUUUCUCAGAGGUCAUUGAUGCCUACUACCAGCGAGUUGCUUCCCCUGGGUCUAGUGGGGCCACCUUCUUAGCAGUGUGCCGGGGAAAGGCCAGCGAAGGGCUGGACUUCUCAGACAUGAACGGUCGUGGUGUGAUUGUCACGGGCCUCCCAUAUCCUCCACGAAUGGAUCCCCGUGUUGUCCUCAAGAUGCAGUUCUUGGAUGAGUUGAGAAGCCAGAGUAGGGCUGGAGGUCAGUGCCUCUCUGGGCAGGAGUGGUACCAGCAACAGGCAUCCAGGGCUGUGAACCAGGCUAUUGGGAGGGUUAUCCGACACCGCCAUGACUAUGGAGCCAUCUUCCUAUGUGACCACAGGUUCGCUUAUGCUGAUGCCAGAGCCCAGCUGCCCUCCUGGGUGCGCCCCUACCUGAAGGUGUAUGACAACUUUGGCCAUGUCAUCCGAGAUGUAGCCCAGUUCUUCCGUAUUGCUCAGAAAACCAUGCCUUUGCCAGUUCCCCAAGCUGUGACCUCAAGUGUAAGUGAGAGAGAAGUUUCUGUCAAGGAGGCUACAUUGUCCAGCCCUCUUCUCUCCACCCGGAAAGCCAUGAGCUUGGAUGUACAUGUGCCGAGCCUGAGGCAGAAGCCCAUAGGAUUAUCAACUUCUGGAGACUCUGAGAGCAGCCUGUGUGUCGAGUAUGAGCAGCAGCCACUUUCUGCCCAGCAGAGGCCCGUGGGGCUGCUAGCCGCUUUAGAGUACAACGAGCAGAAGGGUGGGGCAUCUGAGAAAGAGCAGGCACUUGGCUCCUCCACCCUGUCUCUACAGUGUGAGAAGAGGAUGUGUGUUGAGCAGAGAGGAGGAAAGAGGAAAGUCAGGCUGGUCAGCCAUCCGACGGAACCGAUGACAGGCACACAGGACAGAGCCAAGCUGUUCAUGGUAGCGGUGAAGCAAGCAUUGAGUCAAGCCAGCUUCGACACCUUUGCCCGGGCUCUGCAGCACUAUAAGGGUUCUGAUGACUUUGAGGCCCUAGUAGCUUCUCUCACCUGCCUCUUUGCUGAAGACCCCAAGAAGCACAUCCUAUUUAAAGACUUCUACCAGUUUGUACGACCCCAUCACAAGCAGCAGUUUGAAGACAUCUGCUUCCAGCUAACAGGCCAAGUCUGUGGCUACCAGCCAGGGCACGACCUUCCCUUCAGAGAACAAGCACAGUCAGCUGCGGACUCCACCAGUGUAGGUAGACAGCUGGACCCUGGAGAGCACCUGAACCAGGGGAGACCUCACCUGUCUGCCCAUCUGCUCCCUAAAGGAGACCCCAGCAAUUGUCCAAAAGUGGGAUGUACAGUAGAGAGACCCGGCCAGCCUGCCGUGAGUACCUACCUGUCUGACGUCCGCAAAGCUCUGGGAUCUACAGGCUGCAGCCAGCUUAUGGCAGCUCUGAGGGCAUAUAAACAGGAUGACGACCUGGGCAAGGUGCUGGCUGUGGUAGCAGCACUGACCACUGCAAAACCUGAACACUUGUCCCUGAUGCAGAGGUUUGGCAUGUUUGUGCGUCCCCACCACAAGCCUCACUUCCUACAGACCUGUGCAGAUCUGACAGGCCUUCCUACCACAAGCAAGGGCUUGGAACUGCCAGGUCCCAAGGAUGAGAGCAUCACUGUGCCUUCUGAACUUGCCCAUGAGGACACAAAACCAGGUCCCUCAGUGCCCAAGAAACCUGAGAAGACCCAGAGUAAGAUCUCAUCCUUCCUCAGACAGAGGCCAGACCAGAGUGUAAGGCCACCGGAACUCUGUGCUCACUUAGACCUCCUACAGCAGCAUUUGUGUGCCCGGCCUGUGCAGCUGAAGACACUGUGCUUUUCCAGUGCCCCUCCUGUGAUUUCUACCGUUGUCGGGCUUGUUGGCAACUGCAACUCAAGGUCUCUAGAAUGUGUCCAGAUUGUGGUGCUGUUAAUAGGAAGCAAAGCCUUACACAGGUCUUCUGGCCGAAGCCCCAGUAAACACAAAUGGAGACUUGGGAGCCCUGAUGUGGCCAGACAUUGGCUGACCCACUAUAAGUCUCAUCUUGGCCAUCUAGUGGGAUCUGAACCUACCUGUGAGAAACCCUGAAACUUCAGGGCAUGGAGUGGGUCUGCUAGAUGCCUCCUUGCCAGAGGUUUUUUUGUUUUGUUUCUUUGGGGGGGUGCCCAUAUUGGCAUUGUGCCUGUAUUACUAAAGGGAUGGGCUUUUCAAUAAAACCAACAAUUGUCAA